AUGAAUUGCCAACCCUUGCAGUUGCAACUUGUCAACUUAAGAGUUGAACCCGUACUUACAGAAUUGGGUUGGAAACGAGUGGGUGAUCGUUCGGCAGAAGUGAAAUUACGCUGGGUUGAAUGCACCCGUCANCCCCGUCAUGCAGACUUUCGAGCGUUCAAGGAGGGAGAACAUCUGGUAAAUCACAUUCCAAACUGCGGUCUGUUGACAAAUAAACUUGGAUUAUUGCUCAGCCUACGCGAUUACGAAAGACGACAUGCCAGUCGUUAUGGAAGACCGCCCGGGAUCUGCAUGCGAGAGUUCUUGCCCACUACAUUUAUUGCGGAUGAUCUGAGGGAACGAGAGACAUUCUACCAGGCCUUUCAAGAGUACCUGGGCUGUUAUAGCCAAAAGAAAAACCACUUGUUGAUGAAACCCACAUCAUUCACAGAAGAGUAA